GUUGGGAUCGUUCGUUGGCUUGUCGGCCCGUUGUUUUGGACUCCGAUUGGAUUGCGUGGGCAUGUGAUAUGUUCUGCCUCGCCUCGCCCAUUCCUGUCCUGGCUUUCCCUUUCAAUCAUGGCGGUGGGCAUUCUACCGAGUAGAUGCUUGGGCUGGGUCCUGGCACCGACACUGAUACUGGAGCCUGGUCGGUCUCGGGAUCUCUCCGUAGUAGUUUGUACAGUACUCGUUCUUAGUUCAUAUGGACACUUCUUUCGCCUUCGAGAGUCCUUCUAUUGCUAAUCUUUCCUCUCUCUUUCGCUUCUUCCUCUUCUCUCUUCUAUCUCUUAUCCUCAUUUUAUCAUUGAUAUCCUUUGAUUCUUGCUCAUAGACAGGUAUAGAUUCAAGUCAUCAUCGAGGUUCAUACCUUGGAACAUAAAAUCCCUCACUCACUCACCGACUCACUCACCUAUCAACCACUGAUACAAUUCGAGUUGCCGUUGUGCGCAUUUGCCACUCUUCACAGUCUGCCGACUACAACCACCACAAUGUCUGCUCCCGCCCCUCCACCAUCUCACACUCCUUCACCAGAAAAUCCACCAUCAACCUCUCAACUAUCCGAAGUCCGAGCCGCCAUCUCAUCUCUCCUCUCCCAACCAAGUUAUGACGACGGAUCUGCCGGUCCAGUCCUAGUGCGACUAGCCUGGCACUCGGCGGGCACCUUUGACAAAGCAACUCACAGCGGCGGCAGCAAUGGGGCUGGAAUGCGCUGGGAAAGUGAAGGUGGCGACCCAGCCAACGCUGGUCUCCAACACGCGCGAGCUUUCCUCGAGCCCAUUAAACAUCAAUUCCCUUGGAUAACAUAUUCAGACCUGUGGACACUAGCCGCAGUGGUGGCCAUUGAGGCCAUGGGAGGUCCACAUAUUGAAUGGAAGGGUGGAAGAACCGAUUUCGCCGAUGAAUCAGACAAGAGAAUCCCACCACGAGGUCGAUUACCUGACGGAAGUAAAGGCGCUGAUCAUCUGCGUUGGAUCUUCUACCGCAUGGGAUUCAACGACCAAGAAAUCGUCGCCCUGAGUGGCGCUCAUAACCUCGGUCGCUGCCAUGCCGACCGUUCUGGAUUCGAUGGAAAAUGGGUCAAUAAUCCUACCAGGUUCAGUAACCAGUAUUUCCGACUCUUGCUUGCGAAUGACUGGAAGAAGAAAACGUUGGAUAAUGGUGUGGAACAAUUUGUCUAUGUGGACGAGGAUACUCUGCAGGACGUCAGGGAGGCGAAUGAUGGAAAGGAACCUUCGGCAGAAGAGAUUGAAGAGGCCACGUUGAUGAUGCUUCCUUCCGAUAUGGCACUUUUGGACGACGCCAAGAUGAGAGUCUGGGUGGAAAAGUAUGCAAAAGAUAAAGACCUGUUCUUUGAUCAUUUUGCAAAGGUCUUUGCCAAGCUGAUGGAACUCGGCAUUCAACGAGAUGCGAAUGGAAACGUCAUCAACACAGACAACGUUCGAGACGGAUAUAAGAGUGCCCCGAAGAAGAGUGACCGGCCUACCGCUCCAGAAAAGGAUCAGAACAAGGGACAAAUCGGUCAUGAAGCCGCUGUGUUGAAGGAACAGAACAGAGAAAAAUGGGCCAAGUUAUAGAACGGUAUCAUGGAGCAAGUGUUGAGCGUUGUGGAGGAAAUGGCGUUUCGAUCUAGAAUGGUUUUAUCUGCACCAUCUUGUGGAAGGACUUGAUCUCCAGCGAGAAAGAGAAAGCGAUACCCGACGAUGUGAAGUCCUGACUGAAACCAAGGGAUUCCUGGCGUUUUCAAUAGAAAUUGAUGACUUGUCCAUUCUUGAGUCAUUUCCACCGUCAUUCGACUCUCUUCUCAACUUCUAACAUCUCCCAGCUAUUCUGUGCAUCAUCACCAAUGUCGAAUCGCGACCAAAGUUCGAUGGUUUUGUCCCUUGUCAUCCUCGACUCCUUGAUCAAAACCCAGCCCCAUUCUUUCCAGCAUGUUCCACACAAACUUCCUCUUUAGCCCUUCUCGAACUGGAAUUCGUUCGAGAGCCUCGGACCCAUUGAAGUAUCUGAGAAAGAGUUGCCAGUACUGCUCAACAUGUGCAGUUGCAUGUUCAGACGAUGGAGUUGACGACAGAUCUGAGUGUUGCCCAUUGGCGGGGGUCUCCAUUUUAGAUCCAAUAUAUUCCAACCAUUUGGACUCUUCCAAGGACGCUUUGGUUGGGCGCAAGAUCAAGCUCGCCGCUUUGGGGUUGUGGGUUGGAAGCUGUCCUCGUAUGCUAGUGUGGUCUGUCGAGAUGGAUUGCCGCCCGUCACUCGAAGGUCGACUAGCCAAGCUGGGUCGCUGUUUGAAUGGGGAUACAGAAUUUGCAAAACUGUCGACGUUGGCGUUGCUGCUGCCAGAACUCGUCGAGAGCUCACGUUCAGCUCCUGUGAAAUAGGGCGACUUUCGUUCGUUGGGAGUCUUGACUCCUUUUGAUUCGUCCCGAUCUCUUUCCCUUACUGCUUUCUUCACGCUGGGGUCAACACGCACAAAGGCAAACGUGCGCAGCUGAGUGACCCAGCCACCACGCAUCAACCAGGCAAGAACCUUGUAAUAUUCCUCCUUGUGAUCGCUACUCGGAAUCAGACUGCCAUAGGGAAUGGGAGUGCCACUCAAGGAAAGUAGCAUCUUGGGUAAAGAGGGCAUCAUGGGAAACGCGGUUUCGUAUGCACGAGAAGCCGAAAUUAGUUUGGACAUAUCAGCGUUUGGAGAGACAAUGUACGUGUCUCGUUGAUGUAGUGGAGGUAUAGCAAUGGCCCGUCGCCAGUAUACCAGAUGUCGAGCGAGGUGUUGAAUAUCCGCCAAAGGAAUCUUGGAAAUGACUGACAUCUUAUAAAAGGAUUUGGUUGGCUCCGCUUUGGUGACAAAGGUGGUCAGAGGUCCAGACAGAGCGCCACCAGUAGCAUGAAUGUCUUUGAGGAUUCUCUGAGGGCUUGAUCUGAGGAGUAAAGUGAAAUUCUUGGAGAGUUGCAAGGCUCCAGUGACUGAUGCAGUGUCCAUGUCGGACGCAGUCGAGACGGGGUCAGUAGCUGUGGUCAGCCAUAGGCCAGGAUCGAGAGGGGGCUCGUUCAAUGACGGCAAGUAUGAAGUUGAGGUGAGUGGAGGGAUCUGCAAGGACACAGAAACCUUGGAGUCGAGAGUCACUGCAGCAAUCUUGGAAGCGGAGAUGUUAUCAUAGGUUUUGGCAAUUGCUGCUGCUAGCGAAGAUCGCCGGGCCAUUUCGGUGUACAGUGCAGCCGUGGAGGAUUUGUCGUGCAGGUGGUGGGCCUUGAUGGUUUGCAAUAACUCGGCCUGCUCCCAUACGUAGUUGUUCCUUGCCUGUUCAUAUUUGAGGAUUUUGGAAAACUUCCUUGCGACAUGAUCGUACAUUUCCUUGACACGGGCUUGAUGUUGAAGAGCGGGAGGAUCCAUGACAAAGACCAGGUGGAACAUGGUCAACUGGCUCUUUGGAAAGGCAGCGUCCUUGUUCUUGUUGGAUUUGUCUUGGGUGGGAUCUUGCUCACCAACACUGUCUUCCUCGUCCUCUGUGCCUUCUCCG